GGCGUUAAAGAUACGUGUGUACACAACUCAUCCCUCACCAUCUUUCCCCCUUUCUCUUGACUUCGAUCCCUGACAAUUGCAGAUGGGCACGAGAGGGUUAAAGCAACCAGCUUUCUCCUGCCUGGCUGAGUUAGCACUUCCAGGAUGACUCCAAGGAACAGCCUUUGCAUCGCAGAACAGAGGGGGGGACACUGCAGCAGGUCAGAGGAAAUGUUAUUUAACGCUGGCUCCAAUCUCCUCCCACUUGCCUGUUUGGCUGGGGAAAAGAGAGAGGCAGAUCUGUAGUGAAGGAAUUAACCAGGGACUAACGCCAAGAGCCAAUACAAUCCGUGACAGCAGAGGCUGCCUGCUGCAGACUGCUACUGGAUUCAGGAAGGGAGACAGAGAAAUUCAAUCAGACCACCUGGAGAGGAAGGAGACCAUCUUCGGUAGACUGCUGCAGGUGGAAGGUUCCCUGAAGCACUGUUCUGGCACUGACUUGAUCAGCCGAAAAGACUAUUUCAUUCUGUGAUCACCUGCUGACUGUGAAGUCCAGACAUAAAAGCUGGACAGACUGACAGAUCGUCCUGGUAACAAACCUCACUGGAUCUUGCAGCCAGGAGUCGAUGCAAGGAUCUUUGCGUGUCCACCUAGCAGACUGAAAUGAUUAAGGCUUAAUACCCCUAGCAAGACCAGUUACUAAACCACUGGGAAAACUCCCUUCACGGUCCUCACGUGGAAAUGUGCCAAAGCUCACGGACAAGCUAAUCACACAAUUAGACACUGAAGUCGAACGAGCACACGACUGCUCUUGGGAGAAACUUGCACAUUUCCUACAACUACUGCAGUCACCCCAAAGCGGGGAGGGGGAGUUAAUUAAUACCUAUCUUUUUUUUAACUGUCUGGUUUAUGUCUGAGGCCCUUGGAACCGGUUAAAACAGGUACAGCACCUCCUGAAAAGAGAAGGUUAGCCUCAUUCCAAAUACAGAUGACACCUGAGUGAAAACAGCAGGUGGUGGUGGUCCUUUCUUUGAAAAAGCAGGGGAAGAACCUUGGGCACCGAGAACAAGUUACCUAGCCAGGUGGUGGUCAUCUUCUCCGAUCCGUCCAGGUUCUCGAUCUGGGACCGUGGGGGAACAGGAAACUUCUUCAAGGGUUCUGGAUUGUGUCACAUGACUAACACGAAGGACCCUAAGAGAGCCAUGGAUGCUUUACCAGUGACCUCCAACUCUGCUGCAGGCCCUGUUACUUUCUCACAGGUCUUUGGCCAGCAAUGUCAACUUAUGGAGGCAGCUGUGCAGUCUAUGCAUACCCUCAAUGACCAGCUCUCGCAUUUUAUCGUGAACAAGUCAAAAAUGCUGGAUGAGGACAAAGAUGCUUUCUUGCCCAGUGAAAAAGAGUCUCUGAAAAAUUCCAUGAUGCUGAUGAGACACCUCUUAAUGGAUGCACAGGCCAAAAUCCUGAACAUGAUGGAAGACAAUAAGCAGCUGGCUCUCCGGAUCGAUGGAGCUAUCCAGUCCGCCAGCCAGGAGAUGACUAACCUGCGAGCCGAGCUGACAGCCACCAACCGGAGACUGGCCGAACUGGGCAGCAGCUCCGCGACCCCCUCGAUCAUGGAGAACAACCAGCACAACGCGCAAGCCAUGAAGGCAGAUCGAAAACGUUUGAAAGCAGAGAAGACAGACCUGGUAAGCCAAAUGCAACAGCUCUACGCCACGCUGGAGAGCCGGGAGGAACAGCUACGUGACUUCAUCAGGAACUACGAGCAACACAGAAAAGAGAGCGAGGAUGCGGUGAAAGCACUUGCAAAAGAAAAGGAUCUCCUGGAGCGCGAGAAGUGGGAGCUGCGCCGGCAAGCCAAAGAGGCGACAGACCACGCCAGCGCGCUCCGCUCCCAGCUGGACCUGAAAGACAACAGAAUGAAGGAACUGGAAGCCGAGCUAGCCAUGGCCAAGCAGUCCUUAGCCACGUUAACCAAGGAUGUCCCCAAGCGUCACUCGUUAGCCAUGCCAGGCGAGACCGUGUUGAAUGGGAAUCAGGAAUGGGUGAUGCAGGCGGAUCUCCCGCUCACAGCUGCUAUCCGGCAGAGCCAGCAGACGCUUUAUCAUGCGCACCCCCAGCACUCAGCAGAUCGACAAGCUGUCAGAGUGAGUCCGUGUCAUUCACGGCAGCCUUCCAUCAUCUCCGAUGCGUCAGCAGCAGAAGGCGAUAGGUCAUCGACGCCAAGUGACAUCAACUCGCCCCGGCAUCGGACGCAUUCCCUCUGCAAUGGGGAUAGUCCUGGACCGGUACAGAAGAACUUGCACAACCCAAUUGUACAGUCUCUAGAGGACCUUGAAGACCAAAAACGAAAAAAGAAGAAAGAGAAGAUGGGAUUUGGUUCCAUCUCCAGAGUAUUUGCCAGAGGGAAGCAGCGGAAAUCCCUAGACCCGGGCCUCUUUGAUGAUUCCGACAGCCUUUCCAGCCCAACCCGCCUAAGCCUCAGCCUGUCUGAAGGGGAGGAACAGAUGGACCGGCUGCAGCAGGUGGAGCUGGUCCGCACCACGCCCAUGUCCCACUGGAAGGCGGGCACUGUGCAGGCGUGGCUGGAGGUGGUCAUGGCUAUGCCCAUGUAUGUCAAAGCCUGUGCGGAGAACGUCAAGAGCGGGAAGAUGUUGCUCAGUUUGAGUGAUGAAGAUCUGGCGACAGGGCUGGGCGUCUGUAGCUCCCUUCACCGCCGCAAACUCAGGCUGGCAAUAGAGGAUUACAGGGACGCAGAAACAGGCAAAUGCUUGUCUAAAGCCUCUGAACUGGACCACCACUGGGUAGCCAAGGCCUGGCUGAACGAUAUUGGACUGUCUCAGUAUUCCCAGGCUUUCCAAAAUCACCUCGUGGAUGGAAGGAUGCUGAACUCGCUGAUGAAACGGGACUUGGAGAAGUACCUUAAUGUGUCUAAAAAGUUCCACCAGGUCAGCAUAUUGCUGGGAAUAGAGCUGCUUUUUCAAGUCAACUUCAGCAAAGAGGUUCUGCAAGAGCGGCGGGCUCGCUGCGAGACCCAGAACGUCGAUCCGCUUGUCUGGACAAAUCAGCGGGUGCUCAAGUGGGUGCGGGACAUCGACCUGAAGGAGUAUGCGGAUAACCUGAUGAACAGUGGCGUGCAUGGGGCCGUGCUAAUGCUGGAGCCCACGUUCAAUGCAGAAGCCAUGGCCACAGCUCUGGGCAUCCCAAGCAGCAAGCACAUCCUGAGGCGGCACCUGGCCGAGGAGAUGAACGCCAUCGUUAACCCAGACAACCCUACAGGUGUUCUAGAGAGCGACCGAUAUGGAACGUCAACUCUCCUCAAACAGGGUUCGCUCAGGCGCUCCUCCAGCGCUACCAGGCAGAGCAAGGAGGAGGGGAACAGCUUAAAAUGCAAAGCAAGCAGGCUUCCCCUGGGGAAAAUUGGAAGGGGAUUCAGCGGAAAAGACACUGAUUUCCAUGACGACUAUGGAUCUCUCAAAAACGAAGAGUGCUGUGAGGAUAUGAAGCUAAGUAGGCCAGAGCAGUGCCGCCUGGAACGCUUUGGCAGCCUGGAAGUCACCAAUGUGUAAUGAAUUGGAUUGUUCAGGCAAGGCAGGACUCACUGAAAUCAAUGGUGACAUUGUGGCCAGCAAAUGGGAAAGAAAUCUGAAGAAAAUGACUGAAACGCAGACUUCUUUGGUUGUACAUAUUGUAGCCGUUGCUAGAGGAAACUCUGUUCAAACCUAACACAGUGGCGUGUCUUUGUUUAAAGUGUCUGUAUUGUGUUAAUGCUGAGGGACCCAGAUAAAUCCAGUACUGAU